GUUUAACUUUCUCUCUCUGUGAGUCGAAUACACUGUCGCCGUAAGCGUCCUUCCUCCAUGUAGUAUAUGCUCUAAGGUGUCAACACGCAUGUAAUCUAUAUGUAUGCAUAUUAUUUACUUAGAUAAUAAUUGAAAUAAAUAGAUUAUUUUAAAUAGUGAUAAAUAGUGCAUAAUGAAGAGGUAUAAGCAAUAUUUAUUUGAUGGAGAUCCAGCUAUUAUACCGCGUACAGCUGAACGCCAUAAUCUUGAUCUGAAUACAUCAGAUACUGAAGUGCAGGUAGAGACAGAAGAAAAUGAUUUAAUGGAUAUAGAGCAGGAUACUUUUAUCAAUACUGAUGCUCAGUCUACAGUUAUAGAGGAUAUUAAUGUAGAAAAUAUCUAUGAUGGAGACGUAGAAGAUACAACGUACGGCACAACUGAAUGGAAUUGGAGAAUCGAACUAUCUAAAAUAAUUCUGAACAAUGAAUUGAAUAAUAUAUAUGGCAAGAUCGGUAAUUUGAAGGAGUUUAUUGAGCAUAAAGCUUUUUUUGAAAAAAUUUCAACAACAAUGAACAAAAGUAGAGGAGAAAUUUUUUUAAUGAUUUGAAAUUUAGUAUUUCUAAUGAGUUAUCUUUCUCUGGCUUGAUAAAUUUAUUCAAGCUCAUUAAUAGUAUGUUUGAGACUCCUAUAUUACCAGAUUCGCGACAUAUUAUUGAUAAACUUGUCAAUCCGAAAGAGGGUGUGGAAUAUCACGUUGUUUGUCAGGAAUGUUCAGUAUAUUUAGGAAAAUUGGAGAUAUACCAUCUAGUAGUAUUUGUAAUGUCUGCAAUUCUACAAUUAAUCUUAAGAAUAAUACCGAUUCAACCUUUUUUACCUUAAUAAACCCGGCA